AUGACAGAUCGGAGUUCCAGCUUCCUUUCUGCCACCUCGGCCCACUCCUUCGUACAGCAGCUGCAGCCAGAUUCCGAGCUCGAUAGCCAGACGAAGGCCUACCAGGAAACGCUCGACCACGAAGUGGAAGCAAGCGAAAAGAGGCGCCUGAAUCGUAUAUAUUAUAAUGUGAAGCCAGAGGAAGGCACGAUCUACCACGGGGCCGAAAUCGCUCGGAACACGUUACAAGCCAAGUGCGAGGAAUUCUUUGCACUGCAAAAACCGUCCGACCCAUUGUCCCGUUCGUCGCCCGCGUCACGGUUUCGCCGUCAUCAUCGAAAGUCCGACUCGGCGCAUUCGUGGAUCGGGGCCGAGAUUAAAGAAGCUGGGCUAUACACGGCCGAAGACGUGAAAGGUCUGACCCUGCGGGCGGAGAAAAAAUGGAAGGACGGGGCGGGGACUAUCGCCCGAAACUUCAAUACGAUCUGUAACAGCCUAGACGCCCACAAAGGCAUCUUUGAUUGUUUCCCCAGCGCCACCUGCUAUACCUCGGCGCUUUGUGGCGCUGUGUCGAUGAUCAUCCAGGCUUCGGUCAACUACUCGACCAUCGCAGAGCAGCUCUCCUCCCACAUCACGACCCUGUCGGAGCGUAUUCUAGUCUGCACCCGGUGGGUAGACGCCUUCCAUGAGCCCGUCAUGCAGGAACGCCUCGCCAGCAUCUACGGAGCAUUUUUCGACUUUUUCACCGAGGUGGCGGGUUGGUUUCUCAAGCCGUGGCACGCCCGGGUCCUGGACUCCUUCAACAGCCACUGUGCGCCCAAAUACGAAGCCACCUUCUCGGCGAUCAACCGCUCCCUGGAUUUGAUGACCGAGUAUGGAGUGAUUUUGAUCGCGGAUGGCGUCCUGAAGCUGUCCCAGUCGGCCGCUUAUCUGCGAGAGGCGAUGGCCAAAUGGCGCACCGAGUUCAAGGAGGUCGAGACGUACCGACGGGAGGUGGGACAGUGCAUGCACAUCCUUUUGGAAACCAGCGAAACUCAGCAAAUGCACUUGCGACAGAUCGAGCAACAGUCCCGUCGUCACCAAUUGCCAACCGGAAGAAACCAGCUGCACCUGUUGCAGCAGCUGCAGGAGCCGCAUCUUUCCCGAAGCAAUCUUGACCGCCGUGAUGAUCAAGCCGAGAGCCAAGAGGGGCGAGGCAGGGGAGGAGAAGGAAGCCCAACAUCCUCCACAACCCCCUUGAUUCCCAAGUUCACUUCUCACGCCGACGCAAAGCAAUAUUGUGCCCAUUUUGAGGAUUUCAUCACCGCGGUGGGCGCGAGCGAUGGGUUGGAUCUCGUCUCCGAUGCCCACGUCAUCCGGCUGGACCCCUUGCUGGUCCGCCGCUUGGGGGCCUGGCUGCAACCUCAUGCGGACCAUGGUGUGAUGAUGGAUAGUUCUGUGGGCAGCCCUCGGACCCUCUGGAUCAACAGUCCCUACCAGCGGGGCACCACCCAUGGCGCGCAGCUGGCCGCGAUCAAGGUUCUUCAGGUCGCUAUCCGCGCCCAGGCACCGUUCAUAUCCCAUUUCUGCCAUCGCCCACACUGGACCCCGGUCCCGAACUUUGUCGGCACGGCGAGAGACGCGGGCCUCCUCGCGCUAGUCUAUAGCCUGAUCCUGCAGCUCCUGCAGUACCGACCACCAGGGCAAAUUCUUCUACCCACGCAUGACCUAGCAUCUCUGGGUAGUCGUGAUCGUCCGAUGCAGAUCGAGACCUGCUGGCGUCCGGCAUUGGAGAUCUUGCGCCUUCUUCUGGCGGGGAGCUCGUCAGUGUUGGGAUAUUGUAUCAUUUCCGGCUGGACGGAGCUAGAGGAGGAACAGAGCGCGGCGGACGGUGCCUCGGAGCUGUGCACGGAGUUUCUGGACGUGCUGUUCAACCACGCAGCCCCCUCUCUGCGGGUCUUGCUCACGACUUCCGGCCAGUCGCGAAUCCUGGAUGAGUAUGUGGGCUUAGAAGGAAGGGUCCGGACCGAGCAAACCGCUCAACAGAUGGCACGGAAUGGGCGAAUAGGGUUGCUGUUCUGA